UCCCAAAAACUUAUCUACCACCUUCACACUCUCUCUCUCUUCUUCUUCUUCUUCUUCUUCUUCUUCCUCUCCUGCUUCACAUACUGAACGUUCCAGAGCUCCAAUUCCUACUGAUUUUCCACAGAGAGAGAGAGAGAGAGACAGAGAGAGACAGAGAGGCGAACGGGAUUGCUGGAGGCAACGGAGGGAGGGAUUGAAUGGUGAGGAUAAUCCCCAUGGCCUCCUCGAUUCGGCCUUCCCUCUCCUCCUUCCGCUUCUCCGCCACUUCCCGGUUGGGCCCUUCCCCCUCCCUUCGCCACGUCCCUUCCCGGAGGCUCGCUUUCUCUCACCUCGGCAGCGUGGUAUCCCAGUCUCAAUCGUUUGGUACGAGAGCCUCUAGGUUGUUAGGAGGACAGAGCAGUGUCACGGCUGCCAGUACCCCUGGAAAUAUCUCACAAGCAAGCACAACUGCCACCCAAGAGAAUAUUCUGGAUUGGGUUAAACAAGACAAAAGAAGACUGCUUCAUGUUGUCUACCGCGUGGGAGAUUUGGACAGAACCAUAAAAUUUUACACAGAAUGCCUUGGAAUGAAGCUGUUGCGUAAACGUGACAUACCAGAAGAAAAAUAUACAAAUGCAUUCCUUGGCUAUGGACCAGAAGAUUCCCACUUUGUGAUUGAACUCACUUAUAAUUAUGGAGUUGACAAGUAUGACAUUGGGACUGCUUUUGGCCAUUUUGGCAUCGCAGUUGAUGAUAUUGCCAAGACUGUGGAACUCAUAAAAGCCAAAGGUGGCAAGGUAACUCGAGAACCAGGUCCAGUCAAAGGGGGCAGCACAGUCAUUGCAUUUAUUGAAGAUCCUGAUGGUUAUAAGUUUGAACUUUUGGAGAGAGGUCCCACUCCGGAGCCACUUUGUCAAGUAAUGCUUCGAGUAGGCGAUCUUGAUCGAUCAAUAAGUUUCUACGAGAAGGCUUUUGGUAUGGAGCUUCUUCGCACCAGAGAUAAUCCCGAGUACAAGUAUACCAUAGCAAUGUUGGGCUAUGGCCCUGAAGAUAAGAAUGCUGUGUUGGAGUUGACAUAUAAUUAUGGCGUCACCGAAUAUGACAAAGGCAAUGCCUAUGCUCAGAUUGCGAUAGGCACUGAUGAUGUUUACAAAACAGCCGAGGCAAUUAAGCUCUGUGGUGGCAAGGUUACCCGGGAACCUGGACCAUUGCCUGGCAUCAGUACAAAGAUUACAGCAUGCCUGGAUCCUGAUGGCUGGAAAUCGGUCUUUGUUGAUAAUAUCGACUUUCUCAAGGAAUUAGAAUGAGACAUGGGAUAGACCACUCAAAGCUUGUAGCAAUCCAAUAAGAUACUCGAGCCAGAUGAAUCCUUAUAACACAGUUCCCGGUGGGAUUUAUAUAAAAAAGAAAAAGAUUCCCUUUUUGUAGUUAGUGUGUGAUCGCGAAAUCUUUUUUUUUCUUCCUUCCCACAUGCGUAGAAAUAGUCAGCUGGAAACCCUGUCGAUCAUUCUUUUCUUUCUAGGCUGUUUCAUGGAGGGGUAUGAUUUUGCAGAUAUCUAUAUGACCCUCCACAGUAGCUAAUUGUAAGCAUCAACAGUGAUAUCUACAGCAUGUAUAAUAGCAACUUCUUUGUGGUUAUAGGAA